AAAAAAAAAGGGCCUGUGCUCGCAUGAUUCUGGAUUCCGGAAUCUGCCAUGGCAGGCCCCCCCUCCCCCUCGGCGGAUCCAGCUCAACACAAGAGCCCCUGUACAGUAAAGACAGCCUUGUCAGCCCUCGUACCCAGUGUUUCACACUCAUCCUGGUCUGAAGGCGUCUCUUUGGCGGGCCACGCGUGCUGGGGGGGACGGUCCAAAUCGUGCCUAAUCCACGCCACCAACGCGGCCGUCUCCUCCAUCUCCGUGACUGAGAGCGAAUCCUGCUUCUCGUCCUCCAUCGCCUCCGGCGCCGCCGUCGUGGAGUUGAGGUCCGUGGGAGGAGGGGGUUUAUGGUCUUCGACCGCCUCCGCCGACGGGGACCUCAGGCGGUCGAGGAUGCCGUCGGCGUCUCCGCGGGGGAAAUGGCGCAGGAGGUAGAUGAGGCGCCGGUACCGAAUGAGACGGGCCGUCAGCGCCUGGAUCUCUUCCUGGGAACCGCGACGCUGCCGCCGGUCGUGCCCUUGGUCGUACCUGCACCCGGCCGAUCUCCUGGUGCACCUCAAGCACGGUAACCUGCCGUCGCACUUGGCCCGCGCCUGUUUGCAGCCGUCGCAGGCAAUGGUGACGUUGGUGCGGGUGCGUCGGCCGUUUUUCUGUGCGGCGGCGACCACCCCCAGGAACGAGGCUGUCGUGGAGUUGUGCAGCCGUGGGAGAAGAGGCCUCAGGGUAAUGUUGGGAAGUUCGGAGCCAAGAUAUCCGGGGGCCGUGUCUUGAUGCUCCUCACUCGUAGAUGAGGUCGAAAUAUCCGUGGCGAUUCCGGUUGGUAACACUGGCAUUUUGAUAGAGUGUAGGCCUAGGCCUCCAAAUGAGAAAGAUGGAACGGGGGUCGAAUAUGGUCUUCUUCGGUGAAAGGGGCCUCGUUGAAGGAUACAGUGUCCUAGGAGAGGUUGGAGUCACCGACGAGGCGCAUCUUCUAGUAUAUUUAAUGGACGCACCACUCUCUUCCCGCAAACCAGGGCCAGAUGCGUGGCAGAUCAAAUGGUCAGAUAACUCACGGGGUGGGGAGAGUUUCCUGGAAAUGCACGAACCCUUCUUCUUCUUUUGUUUUCCAAAGAGGAGUUCGACCUCGGAGACUGCCUCCUUAUUUUACUCCAUACGUGUAUGCCGGGGUCCGACUUAUGUCCUGGGGCAGAGGAAAAGGGAGCCGGACAGGACUGCAAGUGGCUAUUCGCAUUCGGAUCCCUGAAAGACACGCGAUACAGAAGUGAUUGGGCGUCCAUCUGUGGUCAAGGAAGGCGAGGUACCUGGUGGCCUGGAGAAGAAUUCCGGGCCCGAUCGGCGAUGUUGACGAAUACUGAUGUUGGCAUGAUGUUCGACCCACGGGCUAGCCGUGGCUGUUUGAAAAAGGACCCCCGGCGUGAGCUAAUCGACACAUUAUCGCAUGAUGGAAUCGCGGAUAUGUUUCCCAAGCCUUGCGGGCUGGUCUCUUGAGCGAGUCAAUGAAGCCGAAU